AAGCUCCUACAACCGCUAAUCCACCACCCUCAGCGGCAGCGAUGCCAGCAAAUCAUAAUUAGCCACAUCCUCUGAACAUUCGGAUUUUCCCUUCAAAACUAUAUCAUAUGUGGUUUCCAAACAAAUUGUGAUUUAUUCAUUAUUAUCGGAUUAAUCAACAGUGCUGGCAAGCUGCGGCUUUAUCCGGAGAGGCCGGAGAUUUGUGUCGCGGGGCGGGGAGGAGUCCUCGUCAUCUCGGCGCUAGCGAGUAUGCUCCAGUACCAACAUAAGAAAGCAGCAGAGCGGAGACGGAGCUAAUGUGUUCGUAAAGGAUGGAUGUGGCGGUGAGUGCUGGGCAGGGGGGCAGCACCAGGGGGAGAGCAGAGGAGGAUGGCGAUGCAGGAGGAAGCAUGGAGGUUUUGGUUGUUCCACAGGACCUGUACGACUCUGCGACGGCCAAAAUAGAAGCAAAUCUCCGCUGGCUGUUGGCCAAAGCUUAUGGCAUUGAUCACAUGCCCGAGGACCUGCACGAUCCUUUUUACAUCGACCAGUAUGAGCAACAGCACAUCAAGCCCCAUGUCAUACACCUGCUGCUCUCUGGGGAGAUCUAUUGCCGUGUGUGCAGACUCAUCUUGCGUGGCGAGCAAGUUGCCUCUCUCCAAAGCCCAAAGUCUGUGCUCCAGGCCCUCUCUUCAAGGGGCAUCCACGUGCUAGACUCUGAGAACACACACGUCUCCGCUCUGGAUCUUAGCUCCAUUCCUCUCAGGAUGAGCUCCCACAUGCACCUGAUUGAUGCCCUCAUGAUGGCCUAUACAAAGGAGAUGAUCAGCGUGGAGAAGGUGGUGUCCAGUGUCAAGCGUUUCUCCAACUUCAGUGCUUCCAAGGAGCGGCCGUUCGAUCUGGAAGAUGCCAUGGUCUUUUGGAUCAACAAGGUUAACACGAAGAUGAGGGCGAUCUCAGAAAAAGAGCUGAAGAUGAAGCAGCACCUGCUGGACUCACCAAGCCACCAGAAGCCCGAUAUAUUGCAUGCUCUGGCCCAUUGUCUGUUGGAGCCCGUGGAGUUCUCUCGUGUGGUGCGCUAUCGCAGGGAUCACCUGUCAGGACGGGCACUUCAGCACUUCCCCCUGGUGGAUGAUCUGUGUAAAGAUGUGUGUGAUGGCGCAGCUCUUCUGGCUCUCAUCCACUUCUAUUGCCCUGAACUCAUUAGACUUGAAGAUAUCUGCCUGAAAGACGUCCUUUCAAUAGCAGACAGCAUGUACAACAUCCAGCUGCUGAAUGAGUUUUCCAAUGAAUACUUGAACAAGUGCUUCUAUCUUAAGCCAGAAGACAUGCUGUAUUGUCCUUCAGUGCUGCGGAAUAAUGUGUGGGUGUUUGUCGCAGAGCUCUUCUGGUGGUUUGAAAUUGUAAAGCCAGACUUUGUACAACCCAGGGACCUUAAGGAAGCCAGAGAUGCGAGGUUACUGCUCCAGCCUAAGAGCUCUCGAUCCCAUGCGUCCAUCUCCAGUGUCAUGAAACGUAGUUUCCCGACGACAGUAACUGCUGCUGAAAUCUUGACCUCAUCUCCAAGCCCGGACCUCAGCACUUUAAAAAGCGCUCCAAGCACUCAUCACUCUUUAGUGCCUCUAAAACAGAAACAUCCGUGGGGAGUUGAGGAUGAUGUUACAGUGAGGAAUCAGUGUAACUCUCUAACACGUACAGAUAAGCAGCGUCAGAGUUCAUCACAAGCCUGGUCAGAGAGGAGGCACAGGCCGUUAUCCCAACCGGCACCAUACGCCCUGCAUUUUCCUACUUCGGAGGAGAAUGCAGACACUAUCAGCCUUGCUCGGUCCAUCAGCAAAGACAGCUUGGCUUCCAAUGUCAUGACACCCAAACACACGCACGGUACAGAUCGUCAACUGCAUCAGCACCGACUCAGUGGGCAAAGCCUCCUCAGUCACAUUUGCAUCGAGGAUGAGGAGGAGAUACUAGAGGAGGAGGAGCUGGUUGCUGUGAUGCAUCCUUCUGCUUUCCCCAGACGUUCACUCAGGACAGACAUGGAACAGGAUGAAUUAGAAAUACCUGCUACGACCACACUCAUGGGGAUUUCUAACGAUAAUUGCUCUCCUUGUUCCGACAUGGGCCUUUUGACCCCUGACUUGCAAGCGGAUAGCUACUACCUGGAGCCCCUGAUGCCUGCCAUUACAAAGCCAGCCAAAGAGAAGAGCAUCAUCCUGAACAAGGAGGAAGAGAGUGGGGAAAGUUGGUCCAGGACAGCGCAAGUUGUCGUUAAAACAACCCCAGAUCUUCCGCAUAAAUCACAACGGAAAUCUCCAGUGUUUGAAUGUGGUAAAUUUACCUUUAAACCUAUACCUGUGGUAGUAUCUGUCCCAACCACCUCUCUCCUGCCGCCAAGACGAGGGUCGACUUCUAUGCCAGUGAAGAAACAGCCUCAAGGCUUUUUCCUCCACUUAUCUGGAGAGCCAGACUGUCAGAGUCAUCAUUCCUCUGACCCAGAGGCAGGGCAAGAUUCUGACUCGGACAUUGCAGAUUUUGAAGAUGACGAAGAGGAUGUCGAACUGAUCGAACAGAGAGGAAAGGGAACUGCUUUAUUGCGAGGACAGUUGGGUGAAUUUUUAGAUGUUGAGUCUGUCAAGCUAAGAGAAGACGUGAAAGUGAGUGAGCGAGACAAUAAGGAAGACAGAAGUGGAUGCUCCAGCCCGUGCCUCAGUACUGUAUCCUGUGCGAGCAGCUGGAGCGCUUCGGGCAGCACCAGUGUCAAAAUGACCAGCUUUGCAGAAAGAAAGCUGCUUAAGCUCGGCCUUCGUGACAGUUUCUCCAGCACUAGCAGCUCGCAGAAAACCACACCCGAACACUCUGACAUUACUCCUUGUCCUCCAUGGCAGCUGAAAAGUGAGGGUAGCCCCGGAUGGCAAGGUAAAGACCUUGGUUUUGUGGUAAGAAAGACUAUGAUGGCAAGUCCUCCAGUGGUGCCUUCAGAGCUGUUGCAGCUUCACAUGCAACUAGAAGAGCAAAGGCGUGCAAUCGAGUACCAAAAGAAGAGGAUGGAGACCUUGUCAGCGCGGCAGCGACUGAAAUUAGGAAAAGCUGCAUUCUUAAAUAUCGUAAAGAAGGGUGAAGGGAGGAGUGACACACUUCCUCUACCUCUCAAACACUCGCCUUCUGCGGAACUAUCAAGGGCUGAAAAAGAGAAGGUGCCCUCCUGCAAGGAUGACUCCUGUCUUGGGGUUAUAAAUGUUCAGGCAAAGACAGAAGGAAGACGGAUGAAUAUGGACAACAGGUUGAAAACCUUAGCUCAGGAUAGAGCUUCUGAAUCUGACACAAAUGACUGCACCCACUCCAUAGAUCUCCUCAAUGAGGCAAUCAGUGCUAUUCAGCAGCAGAUGAUGCAGCUCUCACUGCAGCAAGACUUGCUCAUGAAGAAGACUGCAGUCUCACCUCCAGAACAAAAAGAACCAGACCAGAAAGCAGCUCCUAACACAAUACCCUCUCCCACUUUAGACUCUAAAUCAUUUGCCGUCCACUUUGUUGACUUCAACGACAGCAGUUCUACUCCCACUCGUUGUCCUCCCAAGCUGAGCUCCAGCCAGAGAAACAAAACCUCUAAUCCAAAGCAAAACAAUGGCAGGCUGUCUGAAACUGAAGGUGCAACUUCUCCAAGAGAGAUUAGAAGAGGAGGUCAGGAUGCUGGAGUUACCACUGAGCUCUCAAGGCAAGAGAAAAACUUUCGAAGACGCACAACCUUCAGAAUCCAUAAUGACCAUGGCAGCACCAGAGAGGAACCCUGUCUAUCUCCUGUCAAUGCUCAGCCACAGGACACAACAGUUGCAAACAUGACUGCGUCACACUCUGCAGAACAUGUCGAGAACAGAGCUGACAUCUCAGAGACUGAAUCUGCGGGUGGAGGAGAAAGCACCAGGCUCAGAAGUCAACUGAUUGAGGUUGACCUUUCCGAGCCGAAAGAGUCCAUGGGGGAUGCUGGUGUUAUGACGGACGACACAACAGAGGGCGAACAGAAGAAUGUGCUUGGUUUUUUCUUUAAGCAUGAAGAGAAGGCCGAGGAUGAGAUGGCCAAACGCCGCGCGGCCUUCCUCCUCAAACAGCAGCGCAAAGCAGAGGAGGCAAGAUUACGUAAACAGCAACAGGAAGUAGAAAGCGAAAUGAAGCGCGAUGAGGCCAGACGAAAAUCUGAAGAAGAUCGAGUUCGUAAAGAGGAGGAGAAGGCCAGACGAGAAUUAAUUAAGCAGGAGUACCUGCGUAGAAAGCAGGAGGCGUUGAUGGAAGAACAGGGUCAGGUUAAGCCAAAACCCAGAUUUAAAUCCCGCAAGAACAAACCUAAAUCUUUGCACCGUGGUGACUUUACUAGCCCCUGUAAAGGAUCAACAACAUCUGAUCUAAGCUGCAGUCUUCGAGGAUCCACGUUGUCUUUGGCUACAGAGGUGGACAGUGUCAUCUCUGGAGAGGCCGAAUCACAGAGGGCAGAGUCUGUCUGCUCAAUGGAUUCAUUCCCUGUGCUGAGUCGAGCCUCCAGCAGGAAUAUGGAGCGAGAUUGGGAGAGUGGCUCCAUCGCUUCCUCCAUCACUUCUACCGAGUACAAUGGGCCCAAACUGUUUAAGGAGCCAAGCUCCAAAUCCAACAAGCCCAUCAUCAUCAAUGCCAUCGCACACUGCUGCCUGGCUGGAAAGGUGAACGAGUCCCAGAAGAAUGUUAUCCUGGAGGAGCUGGAAAAGUGCGAGUCAAAUCAUCUCAUUAUCCUUUUCCGUGACGGCGGCUGUCAGUUCCGCGCUGUUUAUUCAUACACACCGGACACUGAAGAGAUCGUCAAAUUCACCGGCACUGGGCCGCGCGUCAUCAUUCACAAGAUGAUCGAACGGCUCUACAAAUACAGCUCUGAUCGCAAGCAGUUCACCGUCAUCCCGGCCAAGUCAGUGUCUGUCAGUGUCGACGCCCUGACCAUCCACAACCACCUGUGGCAUGUCAAGAGGCCAGGUAGCGCGAGGAAGAAGUGAGAAAAGGGAAGUGGACACUGUGUAUUUCUGUUUUGUUGGGCCGGACCCAAUAACUAUAUGACGUGUUCAGAACAAGCAAUUAUUUUUUUUCUAAUAUGAAGUUUUGUUAUGUAUUCUGUAUUUGUUCUGAACACAUCACAGAUCUGGCUGCCAUGUUUUGUUUUCACUGUCCGACUGUAGCAAUGUCUGAGAAUAGAAAACACAGCUGAAUGCACUAUUUUAUUGUUAUUUUAUUAUUGUUCUGCAUGCCACACUUUUGUUCUAGCCUGUAGGUACAUCCUGCAUUUUUUUGGCACUCCUUGAUGGACUGAUUGUCACUUGCACAUGAUUUGGACCUUCAAAAGAAAUGCUGCUGGACUCUGGCCCCGUCGAUACAAAAGUGCAACUUGAGAAGAGAAGGUAGUGAUUCCGACUUUUGACCAAAAAAAACAAGGUUUGUUGUUUCUAUUCAUGGUGAGGAUAAACGUUUCUGAGUUGUGCUACUGAUAACUACUUUUAUGGAGGUGAGACUUUCAUAAUGUUCAUGGGUGGGAUGUUUGCUAUGGUAGUGUGUGUUAUGUCUCUUUACUAUUUAGCCUCCUGUUUUCAGAAUUAAGGAACGUUUGGACUUUAUUUGUAUUUUUCAUGGAAGGUCUGUCCUGCAGUAGACAACACAGGCAACACAAACCUAUUCUGUUUAUUUAAAAUAUAUUUGUUGCUGUUUCCGGGAACGCCACAUGUUCUUGGAGUGCAAUUUUCAAUUUUGAGACAUCUGAGAUCCUCGACCUGCUUUCAAAUGUUUUGUCACCUCU